AACAACAAUUGAUUUAUGAAUUACCACUGAAACUCAUAUUAUCAAUUCAAGUCAAUUGAUUUGACCGUUCGUUCUUGACUUGAACUGUUUUGAUAGAAUUGAAAAAUCGUAAUAACUAAAACUACUUAUCAACCAGUUUGAAUUUGUAUAAGUUGUGCGUUAUUAAUUGAAAAUGCUACAGUUGAAUAAUUGGCUAAUGAAAAACACCGUUCCAACUCUAAUUUAUAAAAAUUUCAGAGCAUUGUCUACAACAGUGCCCUGUGAACCCAGCAAACCAUCAAUUAGAACUUCAGUUCCUGGUCCAAAAACAUUACAGCUAACAAAGGAUCUCAAUUCGUUGCAGCAAGCCGGUUCUGUUCAACUCUUUGCUGACUACGAUAAAAGUGUCGGAAACUAUUUUGUGGAUGCUGAUGGAAAUGAGUACUUGGAUGCAUUUACACAAAUAUCGUCAGUACCUAUUGGAUACAACCACCCCGAGUUACUGACGGCUUUUGAAGAUCAGCAUAAUCUAAGAGCAUUGGUUAAUCGACCUGCAUUGGGUGUGUUUCCUUCUACAGACUGGCCACAUCGAUUAAAGAAUGUAUUGUUAUCAGUAGCACCUGAAGGUCUUGACCACAUCGCUACCAUGAUGUGUGGCUCUUGUUCAAAUGAGAACGCAUAUAAAGCUGUUUUCAUGUGGUAUCGUAAAAAAGAGCGCGGUGGCAAGAUCGAUUUCACACCCGAAGAAAUGAACUCGUGCAUGUUGAAUCAGUCACCUGGCUCUCCAAAUUUAUCGAUUUUGUCAUUUCAGGGCAGCUUCCAUGGUCGCACCUUUGGCGCUCUUUCCACUACAAGAUCAAAACCAAUCCAUAAGUUGGAUUGCCCUGCUUUUGAUUGGCCUGUUGCUCCGUUUCCAAGAUACAAAUAUCCCCUAGAGGAGCACCAACGUGAAAAUCAGGAAGAUGACCAGAAAUGUCUCGAACAAGUGGCAAAUAUUAUUGAUGAGUAUAAGAAAAAAUCCAAUCCAGUAGCGGGAAUAAUUGUAGAACCGAUUCAAUCAGAAGGAGGAGACUACGAGGCAUCGCCAGAGUUCUUUCAGAAUCUUCAAAAAAUAUGUAAACAGAAAGGCGUGGCUCUUAUUAUUGACGAAGUGCAGACAGGGUGUGGACCAACAGGAAAAAUGUGGUGUUAUGAACAUUUCAACCUACCGUCGCCACCAGACGUUCUUACAUUCAGUAAAAAAAUGUUGACUGGGGGAUUUUAUUUUAGUAGCGAUUUUAAACCUGCUCAGUCGUACCGAAUAUUCAAUACUUGGAUGGGAGAUCCCGGAAAGUUAAUACUUCUGGAACGUGUACUACAAGUAAUAAAACAAGAAAAUCUUCUAUUUCUUGUAAACAAGUCCGGGAAAGUAUUAAAAGACGGCCUUCACCAAAUUGAGAAGGAAUUUCCAACUUUAAUAAACAGUGUACGAGGCCGUGGGACAUUCCUUUCAUUCAAUUCUUGCAACACCGAAGUGAGAGAUAAAAUCAAUAAUAACAUGAGAAAUAACGGAGUAAUCGGGGGCGUAUGUGGAGAAAUUGCAAUCCGUUUGAGACCUGCUCUAGUGUUUCAACCAAAGCAUGCGGAGAUUUAUUUGGAUACACUAAGAAGAUCAUUGAAAGAGAUAUAAAAUUUAAAAUAUUAAUAUUACCUGUUAUUGCAUUUUAUUUUUUUAAACUUUAUGUAAAUUUGCGUUUAUAUUGACGGUAAUGUAAUAUCAGCAUUAAUAAUUUAAAAUUAUUGUUAUGAGUUUUUAUUUAUAUAAAUGUUCAAGUGUCAUAUAAUCUUGUUAGCAUUUUGGUAUUAUGAUUUAUAGAAUUAUUUUAAAGUAAUGUUUUAUUUUUACAUAAUAUGGAUUUAUUCUGAAAAUAUACUAGUAGAU